UCCAACCAUUCUAAAACUCUUCUUUCCUUCCCUUUUUUUCUUCUCUCCAUAUAUACUCAUCAACUUAUUACUUUCUCUCAAUCUUUUUUGCCUUUUCCUCAUUUUCCUCUUCAAAGAAGAAGAAGAAACAAAGUGCAGUUUCAAGAUAUAUACCUAAAACAAAUGCCUGUUUCAAGCAAAGAAACAACAACAACAAUGAAGACUACAACAACACUAACAGGAGAAAAUAAAACAAACAAAGACUCUCAGUUUUCGCAUUCUCAUGACUUCCCUUUUCUCAUGUCUUCCUCUUCUUAUCCUAUCACCCUUAAGUUCAUGGACGUGAGUUAUAGGAUAAAACUGGAGAGCAAAUCAAGUGGGGGAAGCAACAACUUAAGAAAGAUGUUUUCAAAUGGGCCCACAUCAUCUUCGACCGAUAUCGAGAAUCCAACAGCCACGAUUCAUGACGAACGUACAAUCUUGAAUGGGAUUACAGGAAUGGUUUCACCGGGUGAAAUCCUAGCCGUUCUUGGACCAUCAGGGAGCGGAAAAUCAACGCUCCUAAAUGGACUUGCAGGAAGACUCCAAGGACACGGCAACACCGGAACAAUCCUCGCGAAUAACCGGAAACUCAGCAAACCGGUCUUAAAACGAACCGGAUUCGUCACUCAAGACGACGUCCUUUACCCGCACUUGACGGUUCGAGAAACUCUAAUUUUUUGCGCGCUGCUUCGGCUCCCUAACACGCUGAACCGGAAGGACAAAAUCGCUGUGACCGACUCCGUGAUCACCGAAUUAGGACUCAAUAAAUGUGAGGACACUAUAAUUGGGAACAGCUUCAUACGUGGGGUCUCGGGUGGUGAAAGAAAACGAGUAAGCAUAGCCCAUGAAAUGCUAAUAAACCCGAGUUUACUCAUACUGGAUGAACCGACGUCCGGUUUAGACGCUACAGCGGCUUACCGGUUGGUUUCGACGCUAGGGUCCUUGGCGCAGAAGGGGAAGACCAUAAUUACGUCGGUUCACCAGCCGUCGAGCCGGGUUUUUCAAAUGUUUAGCUCGGUUCUGGUUUUGUCGGAAGGGAGGUGUUUGUAUUUUGGAAAAGGAAAUGAAGCAAUGAAUUAUUUCGAGGCGGUUGGAUUUUCUCCAUCUUUUCCCAUGAAUCCAGCGGAUUUCCUCCUUGAUCUCGCUAAUGGGGUUUGCCAGUUUGAUGGAGUAAGUGAGAAAGAAAGGCCUAAUAUAAAACAAACCUUGGUAUCCUCUUAUAACAACUUGUUAGCUCCCAAGGUAAAAGCAGCUUGUUUGGAUACAACAAGCAUAGUUCCUAAAGAAAUAACCUAUACUUGUUCAAGUUACAAAAGGACUUGCACAAGUAGCUUCUCCAAUUGGUUCAAUCAAUUCAGCAUUCUCCUUCAAAGAGGGGUAAAAGAAAGAAGGCAUGAAACCUUCAAUUAUUUGAGAGUUUUUCAAGUAAUAGCAGCUUCUCUCUUAGCUGGUUCUAUGUGGUGGCAUUCUGACUACACGGAUAUCCAGGACAGGCUUGGCCUCCUCUUCUUCAUUUCCAUUUUUUGGGGUGUUUUCCCAUCGUUCAACGCUGUUUUCGCAUUCCCUCAAGAACGUGCCAUAUUCGUCAAGGAAAGGGCUUCGGGUAUGUACACACUCUCCUCCUAUUUCAUGGCACGAAUCGUUGGAGAUCUUCCCAUGGACCUUAUCUUGCCUACAUUGUUCCUCGCCAUAACGUAUUGGAUGACAGGGCUAAAGCCCCAACUCUUGCCAUUCCUUUUGACACUGCUCGUCCUGCUGAGCUAUGUGAUUGUUUCACAAGGCCUCGGCUUAGCCCUUGGCGCCUUGAUCAUGGAUGCUAAACAAGCUUCAACUGUGGUCACUGUCACGAUGCUAGCAUUCGUUCUAACAGGAGGGUUCUACGUGCAUAAAGUGCCAGCUUGUUUAGCUUGGAUUAAGUACAUCUCGACCACAUUUUACUGUUAUCGACUACUUAUUAAUGUCCAGUAUGGAGAAGGCAAGGAAAUCUCAGACAUGCUUGGCUGCUCACAUCAAGGAAGUGAUAGAGCUAGCUGCAAAUUCAUUGAACAAGAUAUCAAUGGUCAAAUUCAUCCAUCCGCGAGCCUUGGCAUCCUCCUGAUAAUGUUCGUGGGAUAUCGAUUAAUUGCUUACCUUGCAUUGAGGCGAAUUCGAGCCUAAACAGAGGGAAAGUUUCUGACUUUUUUAGAUGAUGGAAAUUGAUGGUUAGCUAGCUUUGUGGGGGAUGUGGGAAUAGUAUAUACUUGUUGAGAAUUGUGACUGACUCUGUUCAAAUGAUGAAAGCUGCAGUGGGUAAGGGAAAAAUUGAAGUGUAAUAUAAGAGGAAAAAGUGUAGUGACUUGCACCUAAAACUGGCGAAAGGCCAGCCAGCAUUCGUUGUUGUAACUUCAGAAAGACGAGGAAUUUUUUUUAUCGCAAGAAACUUUCCUUUUCUUUCAA